AUGGACCAGUCUUACUACAACUACUACUACCAGCAGGGCGCUCCGCCAGGAGGGUCGCAGCCGCCCCAGCAACAUAUGGCGCCGCCACCAAACCAGCAGAUACCCCCGCCGCCCCCGCCGCCAGGCGCCACCGCUGGCGCCCAGCAGCCGCUGCCCCUGACCCUGGGGAGCACCCCGCUGGGUCCGAUGAUGGCCAACAUGCAACAGGAGUACAACGGCUACUACUACAAGCAGCAGGCGCCGCCGCCAGCGCCGCAAGCGAUGGUCCCGGGGCUGUUUCCCCCACCUCCACCGCAACCUGUUCCUCAACAACAACAAGCGCAUCCCGCGCCGGCGCCAGCGCCCCAACAAGCGCACCCGGCGCCGCCAGUGCUGCCGCCACCAGAUAAAAAGCGCCUGUUCAACCAGGCGGCACCGCCGCUGCUGCUGCGGAUGGCUGCCACCUACCCCAGAAAGCGGGCGCUUACCGCCUGCGAUACUUGCCGCCUUAAAAAAGUCAAAUGCGACAACGUCCGCCCCCGCUGCGGGCUGUGUGUCAAGAACGGCAUCACCAACUGCCACUACCGCACCGACGACCUCCAGAAGGACUACCUGAGCUACGACCCGGCGCUGUUGACGAUCUUGACGAAAUUGGACACGUUGAUCAAAGAAGUGGGCCAGUUGAAAGGGACGGUAGCGCCGACGGUGCCGCAGCUGCUGUUCCACUUUGACCGCUGUUUUUGGGACAUGCUGUGUGCCCUGGUGCUCCGGUGGCCGGCUUUAAACCAAGCUAUUGGUGUUCCUCAGGCGUACGCCGAGUCCCAGAUCAACGGCCUUAUAAAUGCGUACCAGCGACCACGGCCGGUACCGAAAAUUGGCUUCGAAUUGAAGCUCAAGUGUAUGCGCUCGCUCGAACUGAUCAUCCUGGAUAAGUUUUCCACGAUGAUUAACUCUUUCUUCAUCAAUUGCCACACUAAGCUCCCCAUUUUGGAUGCCGCUCAAGUGAUGGAGCUGAUCCAUAUCUAUACCAUGCUCCACCAGUACGAUAAUCUGGUAUCUUUUGGUAUGUUAUUGGACUGUUAUGAUGUGGAGAAUGAUGAUGAGGACCACAGUGUGGAUAUCCCCGUCCCCGAAUUGUACUUGGACACUUUGAAGGCUAAUGGCCUUACCGAUGAGCCCUGGCGCCGCCGCGGCUUUACUACGAUGUGUAAGCUGAUCCCGCUAUUAAUGAUCAUGUGUGCCAUCGGAGUCCUCUCUACACCUGUACUGCUCGACAAUUUGGACCAGUUUGAGCUGCUGCUUGCUGAGGCCGAGCUGCUAGCGCCCGGCGCUCUUUCCGAGGGUGAUUUUGAAAAGUACCCCCCGGAAAUCCCGAGACUGCGGCUUAAAUUGCUGAUGUUCUUAUCGGAAUACGCCAAAAUGGUGUGCAUGUGCUACCCGUUCCCGAAGACGUUACGUUACGUUGAAUACUUGUUGCUUCAUGGGGUGUACUCGUUGUACACGAUGAUGCCGUUAAAAGCAUACUCGCACGUCACUGACGCCUGCCACAACAUCAUGUUCUACUUACAGACGAAAAAGGUCAAAUUUGACGCCAUCAACGACCCCCUGAUCUACGAUAUCCCCGCCAUCACCAAAGAGCGGGUGGACCGGUUAUUCUGGCUGUGCCUUAAGCUUGAAUGCGAGCUCCGCGUCGAGUUAUCGCCGUUCAUGCCUCUCUCGGGGAUCACACAAAUCACGCCGCCACUGCUGUUCCUCGUGAUCCCGCCGCCAGUGGAAGAACGCCGCCAGCAGUUCUCGCCGGCCCUGCUCCAGCUCGCGGCCAAAUACGACGACGAGUUCCUGUGGUACUACUUCCUCACCGAGAUUGCCGUGCGCAAAGUCGACAACCGGUUGUUUGACGAGCUCUACUCGUUUGAGCAGAAUAACCUCGAACACUUGUGGGACCACCCUCUGUUCUACGGAGACGAGUUCUGGGUGCAAUUCAUCAAGUACCUGGACCAGUACAACGGCAUCAUCAACUCGCUCUCGCCGCUGAUCCGCCAGUUUGUCCUCUAUGAGCUCGACGUCGACGCCAUCUAUAAGCGGGUGAAAGCGAAACACACUGCUAAACACAGCAACCAGGACACCGCUGAAGUAGUGGACACCUUAGAGGAUUUCCUAGUCGAUGACGAUAUCCUCCUCAGAGCUCAAUCGGAGCAGGUGAUAUACAUCAAGACGCGCGUCGUCACCUCGAAACUCUUCCUCAUCCGCCCCAUCGUCCACUUCAUCCUCAACGACCGCAUCCCCAUCCAGGAGAUCUACCAGGCAGCAAUGCUGGCCGUGCGCUCAGCCCACCCUGCGCCUGAAGACAACAGCCCCGAGCUGACGAUCACCAACGGCACCCUGGACAUGUGGCUCCACGAUACCGAUAUGAGCAACCCGGUGAAGACGCCGCACUUCUACCAGAAACGCCACCCGGACGAGGACUUCUCCGACGUGGCUGAGUACGACCCCGAGGAUAACCAGCUGGCGCAUGGGCUCCAUCUUCGUGACGUGGUGGCUGCUCGUACCAAGAUCCUUAAAGUGUUCUUCCAGAACAUCAUAUCUUUACCCAAGAUGCACAUCCCCAAACUCAUGGCCCACCGCCACAUGAGCCAGUGGUUUAUGUUGCGUAACCAGUUCAUUUUGACCAUCUGUCUCACAUUGUUGUACCGUAAGUUUGAAGAGUUGGCCAGGGAUCUGGAGGACGAGGAGGCGUCGUUACGGUUGUUUGAGCAGAUCGUGCUGCGGGAACUGGUGGUGAUGCUGUUGGAGCACCACCUCAUCGUGUUUGGCUACUGGUUGGAAGAGUGUCCUGACUGUCAAGUGUAUAUUGACUAUGCUCAAAGACUCUUGGAGAUCUUGGAGUAA